AGCUCACUCUAGUUCUGUUCAUAUGUAAUGCUCCUCCGUCACAUGUGGAUUACACUUGAGAGGUGCUGACUUUAAAUGAGGAAAGAUGAGAACUUACAACUAAAUUUAAGACAUAUAUUUACAUUUAUACAUAUUCACAGUUAGAUUAGAUAGUUUGCUGUAAUUCCCAGUACUUUGGCUCUAUUUUUUACUGUAUGUUAAGGUUUAAUCAGCUCUGGAAUAAUGUCAUCAGUAUUAUCCCACAACAAAGAUCAACCAGCGAGCAGAAAAACUCUUUCUGACUCCGCUCUACCUCCAACCUCAGCAUCGACCAGGAGCCUCAGGCAUGAGAGGCUGUCCAGACUGAGUUCCUCAGGACCGGGUGAAGUCUUCACCGCUGACACAAAGACCAACCACGCCGAGUCCUACUUCAAACGCAGAGAGAACAGACUGUCGUCGAGAAAAAAGGCAGAAGAAGAGACAGAGAAUGAUUAUAAAAAGAUGUAUGAAAAGGCUGUGGCCACCAACCAGAGGCUGAAGUCCAGACUGGAAACCAGUAAACAGGAGCUUGUCAUGAUUCAGGACCAACUGCAGAGAACUCAGAAGGGCAGAGUGAAAGACUCUGACUCCACCAUGCUGGAGGCAGAAAAACUGGAAAGUUGGAGUCUCAAGAAGAGGAUCACAGACAUGGAAGAACAGCUGAAGAUUAAGUCAGAGCUGAAGAUGGAGAAUCAGAGGCUGAAGGAUGAAAAUGGAGCUCUGAUCCGUGUCAUCACCAAACUGUCUAAAUAAGACUAGAGAUUCCAGAGGCCUGAUCUAUUUAUCACUGAAAUGUAUGCCUUCAGUUACAUUUAUUCUAUGAUUAAACAAACAGUUCUGUAGAGGCGUCUUGAUAUUAAACCAUAAUCAGACCUGCAGAGUCACAGCCCAGCUUUUCCUUGUCUACAUAUGGGCACGGAACGCUGCAUAUAAUAUGUUCACCUAGGUAUUACCAUGGAAACUGCAAUGCUCAGUGUGUUUUUUAUACACACCCGGGAAGACGCUCUGAACAAUCAGCAGCAGACGGUGAUGGAGGAUCAGCUGUGGUGUGAAAGGUCACUGGUCCAUCGAUGAGUUGGCAGAUUUACCUCGACCUCUGACAUGUGUGAUGUUGGAGAGUGGAGUACAUCGCUGAACAAAAGACAAGAGAAUAGAAUAAUUUGGAUGAGUGAAAUCACAUUAAUAAAAGUCAAAGUCAAUAAUCACAUCGAGUUGGGGUUCAAUAACCAUAAACAGACAAACUUUAACCGGCAAACAAAGAUUUGAAACAUUCUGCUGGAGUGAACAAUGACAUAAUCCAAAAAUUAUGAAUUUUGUGUCUAAAUUAAUGCUAAAAAACCCGCAAACUUUAAUAUAAAAAUAAAUGAUGAACAUUGAAUACGUGCCUUGACAGAUCCAACGGCGUUUCUUCACAUCAAGCUGUGUGUGUGUGUUGACACAAGACAUCUGAAACGAAAAGAACAUUCAUCAUUCCAUUAUCAGCCAGGACCAGGGGUGUGCAACCUGUGGCCCCAGAGCCACUCGUGACACUCAUUUAUAUCAGACCACUAUUACACUAGUAUUUUGUUUUUUGUUUUGUUGUUUUCAACAUAAUGUCACUAUCUUCUUAACUCGAGAUCAGGUGUGGAAUCCUUAAGCAGUGCAGCAGUGUUGAGUUCAGGUCAUUGUACAUAAUUGCAGUCAUUGUGUAAUGAUAAUAAUAAUAAUAAAUACAUAUACAUAUACAAA